AAUGAGGCUCCGAACUGAGCGAUGACAAGACGUCGUGGUUUUUCUAUGGAGGAGGAGGCACAGCCGAUGACCGAGUGACUUUUUGGGCCCAUCUUCCACUUCAAAGGACUCUCAGCCUCUUUUCAAGUCGCUUAUUUAUUUUUUGUUAUGGAACAAAGCAGUUUUUAGGAAUUAAGUACAUAUUUUUUGGAUAAAAAUGUCGCGCGUAACUAAUUAUUGUCCCAAUUUGUUACCGUUUAUGCUAGUUAUUAUAUUUGUGUUACAUCAAGUUACUUCAAGAGGAUUUCUUGUGCAGGAUUCCAGAACCACUUCAGAUUUAGGAAAUGCUUUGUGCAACAAGAACGCCAGCAUCGCAAUUCUGUUUCGGGAAAUGUCUUCUAGGCCGAGGCCCUUCGCCCACACGAUUGUUACUAUCGAUUUUCUAGUCACUAAUUAUAGACUUACCUUUGGAAUAGACCCAAGCAAAGGACAAAUGCUUUUGACUGUAAAUGGACCGUCCAACUUCGAGCAGAAAUACAGGGUACCAGGUAACCUGUCAGCCGGAGAACACAUAGCAAUCUUUGUACCGGAUCCUAGGGACUCUUCGCCAGCUAUGCUCAGCGUGUACGUCAACUGCUCUUUGCAGCAAACGAUAGAUCUUCCGAAGUCUAUGUUCGACAUGCUACAACAUCAUACGGAAGUUCAAGUUGAAAGGGACAGGAAGAUGAAUGUAACGAUAUUACCCGGUAUUUCAUGGCAAAAGGCACUUGAAUUGAGUGGCUGUGUGUUGAAGCCAACAGCUCAAAGUACUCAACCUGAAUAUGAAGUUUACUACAAUGUCAGGGAGCAAGACAAUCUAAUCAGAACAUUAGGUGAACUUACGUUAGCCAUCAAAGAACUUCGUUCCAAUAUGGACCUUCAGGUUCGAGAAACUAAAUAUCUACGAGAAGCGUUGCAAACAUGUGCGUUGUGCAGAGCUGAAAGAUCCUGUCGUGACAGACCCUGCUUCCAAGGAGUGACUUGUACUGAUGUACCUGGAGGUUUCAGGUGCGGGCCAUGUCCUAGAGGCUUCUUGGGAGACGGAAUCACGUGCAGACCGGAGACAAGUUGCAGGGACAGACCUUGUUACCAUGGUGUUCGCUGCGUUGACACAGAAACUGGCUACAGGUGUGGUCCCUGUCCUCUUGGCUACACUGGAGAUGGUAUCAACUGUAAACCUCUGGACAGGUGUGCAGAGAAUCCUUGCUUUGCAGGGGUACAGUGCACUAACACAGAUUCAUCGCCAUGGUUCCGAUGUGGUCAUUGCCCAGAAGGUUUCAGCGGAAACGGAACACAUUGCGAUGAUGUGGACGAGUGUGAUUUGGCAAGUCCUUGUUAUCGAGAUGUUAACUGUCGGAAUACUGUCCCCGGCUACCGCUGCGACCCAUGUCCUGCAGGAUACACCGGCCCAGCAGUUGAAGGAGUGGGACUUGAUUAUGCUUUGAGUGUCAAACAGAUAUGCUAUGAUGUGGACGAAUGCAAAACCAAUAAUGGAAGGUGUGCUUUGAAUUCGAGAUGCAUAAAUACAAUGGGCUCUUACAUUUGCGGCGAAUGCCGGGAAGGCUACGUUGGCAAUCAAAGCGUGGGUUGUCACCAACAUCCCGGCUCCUGCCCAGAUGGAACCAUUUGCGAUCCGAACGCCGAGUGUGAGCUCAAGAGGGGAUUCUUGCGAUAUUCCUGUCGUUGCAGAAUUGGUUGGGCUGGGGACGGACAUAUGUGCGGUCCAGACAGCGAUCUUGAUGGCUGGCCAGAUUUCGCUCUGCGUUGUGACAAUCCUAGAUGUAAAGCGGAUAACUGCCCAAUGACACCCAACAGUGGACAAGAAGAUUCCGAUGGAGAUGGAUAUGGUGAUGCGUGCGACUCUGACGCCGACAAUGAUGGAGUACCGAACAAUCCGCCAUUGGACAACUGUCCCCUGAUAGCAAAUCCGAAACAGGAGGACACCGAUGUGGAUGGACCGGACCGAAGAGGUGACGCCUGCGACAACUGCCCCAAGAUUCCGAAUCCAGAUCAGACAGAUUCCGACGGGGAUGGAAUUGGUGACGCUUGUGAUCCGGAUUCUGACCAGGAUGGUUUUGGUGAUCCAGACGACAACUGCCCACGAGUGACGAAUCCUGACCAGCGAGACAGUGAUGGUGAUGGACUGGGGGAUGUGUGUGACAACUGUCCAUUCGUAGCUAAUCCUAGUCAAACGGAUUUGGAUAGAGAUUUAGUUGGUGAUGCUUGUGACAAUAAUUUGGACAAUGACUUUGAUGGCAUUCAAAACAACGUAGAUAAUUGCCCAGAUAUACCAAACAGUGAUCAGUUGGAUACUGAUGGCGACGGAAAAGGUGAUGUAUGUGACAACGACAAAGACAAUGACAAUUGGAUUGAUAGUGAUGAUAACUGUCCCUUAGUGUAUAAUCCUGACCAAAAGGAUACUAACAAUACGGGUGUGGGUGACGCCUGCCGGACGGAUUUUGAUGGUGAUGGCGUGCCUGACCCAGAGGACGUUUGCCCGGAUAAUCGGAUGGUCUACGCCACGGAUUUCAGAGCUUAUCAGACGGUCGUUCUUGACCCAGAAGGAGAUUCACAAAUUGAUCCUCACUGGGUCAUUUAUAAUCAGGGUGCUGAAAUCGUCCAAACUAUGAACAGUGACCCAGGUUUAGCUGUUGGUUUUCAUGCUUUUGGAGGAGUUGAUUUUGAAGGAACUUUUUUCGUCGAUACCGAAAUUGAUGAUGAUUAUGUCGGCUUCGUGUUCAGUUACCAAGACAAUUCCAAUUUCUAUACUGUGAUGUGGAAGAAAAAGACCCAAACUUACUGGCAAGCAACGCCCUUCAGAGCCGUGGCAGAACCAGGAAUCCAGUUGAAGUUGGUCACGUCUGCAACAGGACCGGGACAGAUGAUGAGGAACGCUCUGUGGCAUACGGGUGACACGGCGAAUCAGGUUCGUUUGCUGUGGAGAGAUCCCAAAAAUGCAGGCUGGAAGGAGAAAGUAGCUUACAGGUGGUUGCUGCUUCAUAGACCUAAAAUAGGAUUGAUUAGGCUCCGAAUUUUCGAAGGCGAGAACAUGGUUGCUGACUCCGGAAACAUCUUCGACAGCAAGUUGAAGGGAGGACGUUUGGGUGUCUUCUGUUUCUCACAAGAAGCAAUUAUCUGGUCCGAUUUGGUUUACAGAUGCAAUGAGGCUGUUCCAGCAGCUCUAUACCAGGAACUACCAAGGCAGUUGCAAGCAAUGACCGAGGUCGACAAGACAAGACCGAGCGAGAUCAUCCAAGUGGGCCGCCGAAGGAUCGGAGACUUCCCAGCCGCAGUUGGGCCUCAGAUGCAGGCGGAUCAACCGGAAGAAGAAAAGGAAGAAGAUCAGUAAAAUAAUCAUAAACUUUGUUGCAUGUUUGUAACUGUAACUGUGUAAGCUUCAUUUAAAGUCAAUGUUGUGUGUCGCCUUCAUUGUGUACUUCUAAGUUAUUUUUAAUAAAGAGAUUUAAAAACGU